AUGGCUCAAGCGUUUGUGAACAGCAAAAUCCAGCCUGGGAAGGUGGUUGUGCUCAUCAAGCCCACCUGCCCCUGCAGAAGGGCCCAGGAGCUCCUCAGCCAAUUGCCCUUCAAACAAGGGCUUUUGGAAUUUGUCGAUAUCACAGCCCACGAUGACACCAACGAGAUUCAAGAUUAUUUACAACAGCUCACAGGAGCCAGAAUGGUACCUCGGGUCUUCAUCGGUAAAGAGUGCAUAGGUGGAUGCAGUGAUCUAGUAAAUAUGCAUGAGAAAGGGGAGCUGUUGACACGGCUAAAGCAAAUUGGAGCUCUGCAGUAAUUAUAGAGCAGACCCCAGGCUGAUAUCCCCCUUGAGAGCUGGAUGGCGUUGCAGAUAAUGACAGCACUUCCUGGUGGAUGGACCUGGGGCUACGUUUACCCAGCUACAGCAACUGUUUACUUAAAAUUUUGAAAUAUGUUAAUGCAAAUA